UAAUAAUUUGCCCUAUUUAUAUAGUGCUCCGGCAAACGCGGAAGACGACGAAGGGUCAGCUCUCCCUUCCGAGUUAUAAUAGAUUGAUAGAGGGCCGAUCGCGAGAAGCCCUAGGUUACGGUCCUCUCACCGGAACGUUAAAGAUUCUGUGGGGCGCCAUCGUUGGGCCGGCUUCCCCAAUAUCUGCCGCCCUGAACACUGCACUUCCACUCCGAUUUCCAGUCUAAGUGGGAAGAUGCAUACGAUCAACAAACCUACAAAGUACAGGAUAUCAUUAAAGGAGCCUGGGAUUCCAGGAGUUCUACGGAUGGCCGAAGAGCGAUUUAUUUUCACUCCUCACGAUCCUAGAUCAUUGUUAAAGCUUGAUGUGCCAUUCAGAAGCAUUAAAGUUCACAAGUUCAGUAAAGAUGGUUCUAAGCAAGCUUUGUUGAAUCUUCUGCAUGAGGGUGGAGGCUAUAUUUUUGAGUUCGAUAGUUUCUCUGACAGAAAUAUUUGUAGAGAUUUUGUAGGAAAAAUACUUGGAAAACUUCAGGCUACAUGUCCUUCAAAAGAUGAUAAAGCAGUCCCUGACAAAACAACUCCUGCUCCUGGUGAACAACUAAGCCCUAUGGAGAUGGAACAUCGGAUCAAGCUAUUGCGAGAUGAUAGUGAAUUACAGAGACUGCACAAACAAUUUGUCAUGACCGGUAUAUUGACAGAAUCUGAGUUUUGGGCAACAAGGAAGAAUUUAUUAGAUGAUACUACCAUUAAGGUGUCAAAACAAAGAACUGGGUUCAAAAGUACUAUGCUUGCUGACAUCAGGCCGGCAACUGAUGGUCGGACAAAUAAAGUCACGUUUAGUUUGACACCCGAGAUAAUUCAUCAGAUUUUUGCUGAAAAACCUGCCGUUCACCGUGCUUUUCUUGAUCUUGUACCCAAAAAGAUGUCUGAAAAGGAUUUCUGGACAAAAUAUUGUAGAGCAGAAUAUCUUCACAGAACCAACAAUUCGGUGGCUGCAGCUGCAGAGGCAGCUGAAGAUGAAGAGCUUGCUGUAUUUUUAAAGCAUGAUGACAUAUUAGCUGAUGAAAUUCGGCAUAAGAUUAGACGUGUUGAUCCAACCUUGGACAUGGAAGCUGAUCAGGCGGAUGACUACAUCCAUCUUCAAGAUCAUGGUCUUUUACGUGAUGGAGGAAAGGAGACUGUUGAUGCUGAGAGCGAAUUAUCUAGAAGGACCCUCUCACAAGAUCUUAAUCGGCAUGCAGCUGUUGUCCUUGAAGGAAGGGCAUUUGAUGUUGAGUUGGGAGAUACUAGGACAGUUGCUGAAGCUCUUGCAAGGUCAAAGAAGGGGCCUUCUCUUGAAGCUUUUGAUAAGAAUGAAAGCCAAGAACGUCUAGAGAAGGCUUGUAGAAUGACUGAGAUUGAAGAUCUUCGAGGACCUCAUCAGCUCCCUUAUGCACCACUGUUUAUCAAGGAUCCUCGUGAGUACUUCGACUCACAACAAGCCAAUGCACUUAGGGCUUUAGGUGAUAGUAAUGCUGGUUUCAAAAACACCGACUACAAUUUUAAUUUGGAGGAAUCCUAUGCAUAUUUGAUGAAGCAGAUCUCUGAAGCAAAAGUGUCAGGGUUGAAUGAUAUUGUUCAAUCUGACGUUGCCCAUAAGGUCCUUAAUGGGUUGAAUCAACAUCUUUCAAGUACAAAGCAACACAUUGGAAAGGGCCCCUUUGAGAGUGUCCUUGACCAGCUGCCAAGUAGGACAAAGGAUGAGCUCAUGAUUCAUUGGUCAUCUAUUCAGGAACUACUGCGCCAUUUCUGGUCAUCAUAUCCUAUUACAACUGGAUACCUCUAUAAUAAGGUUUUAAGAUUGAAGGAGGCUAUGACACAAAUAUACAACAAGCUCCAGGAAAUAAAGGAAUCAGUGCAGUCAGAUUAUCGACAUCUGGUCUCCCUCCUUGUUCAUCCUAUGCUUCAGGCUCUAGAUGCUGCCUUCGCUCAUUAUGAUAGUGAACAGCAGAAACGAACCGCUAAAGGUGGGCCAAUGCCAAACGGUUUUUUCAAGUAGAGUUCAUAUUACAUUAUUUUUCCUUGUAUGUUCAGUGAAUUUUAUUGUUAUUAACAAAAUGUAAUUUUUUUUAAUAUACAACGAGAAUUGAUUCUACCAUUACAUCUUCUUUGCCUCCAUGUCUUAGUCACAUCACAUAAUUGCAUGUUGUUAUAGCUGCACAAUUAUGCGCCAGAUAGUAUGUUUUAUACUGUUUUUACUAUUUGCAA